CCCAUGAGUUGUGUUUUGUGAAUCGUGACGGUAAUACGCAAUAAACGUAUUUUACAAUAUAUUUUUUAUAUAUUUUUGAUUUAAAACUUCUGAAAGUGUUUAUUAAGUAAUAAAAACCAUGUCUGCCGUAAACAAUAAGGAAAAUCUUCCCAAUGGUAUUAACAACAUGCACUUGAAGUCUCCAGUUAAAAACGUCCUCGCUGUUAGAGAAGAUAACGUUCCUAGCGAUAAAAUGGACGUGGAAAAAACGGGAGAAUUCGACCCUCAACUUGAACCCCUUCUGAGGGAAAAUCCCCGCCGCUUUGUGAUCUUCCCAAUCCAAUACCCAGAUAUUUGGGAAAUGUACAAAAAGGCUGAAGCUUCGUUUUGGACCGUCGAAGAAGUUGAUUUAUCAAAGGAUUUCUCAGACUGGGAAAGUCUCAAAGAUUGCGAGAGGCAUUUCAUCAAGCAUGUUUUGGCUUUCUUUGCUGCAUCAGACGGUAUAGUUAACGAAAAUCUGGUGGAGAGAUUCUCUCAAGAAGUACAAGUCACCGAAGCCAGAUGCUUCUAUGGAUUCCAAAUAGCCAUCGAAAAUGUGCAUUCUGAAAUGUAUUCCUUACUCAUUGACACAUACAUCAGGGAUCCCAAGGAAAGAGAUUUCUUGUUCAAUGCCGUUGAAACCCUGCCCUGUGUAAAGAAGAAGGCAGACUGGGCCCUGCAGUGGAUAGCCAGCAAGACAGCUACAUUCGGUGAACGCAUUGUAGCUUUUGCUGCAGUUGAGGGUAUAUUCUUCUCCGGCAGUUUUGCAUCCAUAUUCUGGCUAAAGAAGAGAGGGUUGAUGCCUGGACUGACUUUCAGUAAUGAAUUAAUAUCGAGAGAUGAGGGCCUCCACACUGACUUUGCUUGUCUCAUGUUCAAACACUUAGUACAGAAGCCCAGUAAAGAGCAUGUGUUGAGGAUUAUCAAGGACGCUGUGGUUAUUGAGCAGGAGUUCCUCACGGAUGCAUUGCCUGUGAGGCUGCUGGGCAUGAACUGCGAGCUUAUGUCUCAAUACAUUGAGUUUGUGGCUGACAGGCUGCUAGUCGAACUUAUUGGAGAGAAGUUCUACAACACAAAGAAUCCAUUUGACUUCAUGAACCUGAUAUCACUGGAAGGUAAAACAAAUUUCUUUGAGAAGAAAGUUGGAGAGUACCAAAGGUUAGGAGUUAUGGCAGACCCUAUUGACAAUGUAUUUACGUUAGAUGCUGAGUUUUAGAUGUACCUGUAGUAAUAAUUUAUCCAGUAUUAAAAAUAACCCUAGUGAUGCGCUUGGGUAAAAAGUGCAAGUCCACAAACAGUGUCACUCCUCUUAUAAGAUCAGUAAAAUAUAAAAUUGGUUCUGUAAAGCCAGGAGCUUAGGAAAAGGAAACUUUACAU